AUGCACCGCGUCGUGUUUAACGGACCUACGAAGGUGAUGGCGGUUGGAGCUGGCUGCUCCACAUGCACGGAGGCCACGGCAGGAGUAUCACACUUCUGGAACCUCAUGCAGUGCAACUGCGGAAAGGCGAUCAACGAAAUGCACCGCGUCGUGUUUCACGGACCUACGAAGCUGAUGGCGGUUGGAGCUGGCUGCUCCACAUGCACGGAGGCCACGGCAGGCGUAUCACACUUCUGGAACCUCAUGCAGGUGACACCGACGUCGGCCAGUCCGGCUCUGUCGGAUCGUAAGAGAUUUCCAAAGUUUUUCCGAACUGCGACAUCGGAUCUGAACAUGAACGCGGCACGCAUUGAACUGAUGAAGUACAUGGGCUGGAAACGUAUUGCUAUCAUCCAGGAAUCACAGGAGAUCUUCACCCUGGUUGCCGAGGCUUUAAUACCAUUGCUGAAAAAAGAAAACUUUGAACUCAUAACAACGGAGACUUUUCAUCCGAGUAAAUCGAUAGACAACCUCAUAAAACGGGAUGCUAGAAUCAUCUUCGGAGGCUUCUACAUGGGUCAGGCUAUGAAAAUAUUUUGUCGGGCUUACAAACGAGGAUUGUACGGGCCGAAGAUACAGUGGAUAAUUGGCGGCUGGUACGAUUCAAAAUGGUGGAACACGCAGGAUCCGUCCAAAGACUCGGCAAACUGCACGAUGGACCAGAUCCUCACAGCUAUGAACGGCUACAUCGCUACUGGCGCCGUCCACUGGAAUGCAGUGGAAGAGAGGGGAUUAGCUGAUAUCACCGCAGAAGAAUUCAGAGCCGAAUUCAAUAGAUUUACUAACUACACUGAACCGUUCGGCUACAAGUUUGCUGCCUGGUCGUUUGACUGCGUGUGGGCCGCCGCCGUGUGCCUGAAUAACACUGUUAACGACCUGGAACCAACAGGUCAUAGGAUAGAAGAGUUUACUUACGAUCAUGUCAACUACACGGACCUGAUGAUGGCCAACAUGGCAAAGACCGACUUCCUUGGGGUCAAGGGCAGGGUCAAGUUCGACGAAUUCGGUACCUCUUUCAGCGACACACGCGUAGCGCAGUUGCAAGGAGAGAACGAUGUGACAAUAGCAAUCCUGAAGGUCGGGUCAUCCUUCACAGACGAUACCCUUGUGAAUCCAUUCCAAUUUCACAGUAACGAAAACAAGCCACCUGUCGAUGGACCACAACUAUUCAAGGAGAGGUUUUAUGUGCCCCGAUACCUCUACUUCUUCAUGUGCUUUGUGUCAAUGCUAGGCAUUCUUUGCACGUUGGUUCCUUAUCUCAAUGUGGUGAACAGAAAAGCCAGGCUUAUCAAGAUGUCCUCACCAAAUCUGAACAACAUAAUUUUAUGCGGCUGUCUACUCAACUACAUAUACGUAUUCUUCGAAGGAUUAAAUGAAAACUAUCCCGUUGUUAUGUUUUGCACGGUGAGGAACUUCUUGCUGGUUGCCGGAUUUUCGCUAGCCUUUGGCGCUCUAUUCGCUAAGACAUGGAGAGUUCAUGCUAUAUUCACCGAAAAGAACGUCAUUCAGAAAAAGGCGAUUAAAGACAGCAAGCUGAUUGCGAUGGUCGGUGUCCUACUGAUGAUGAACAUGACUGUACUUAUACUCUCCCUAAUCAUUGACCCACCCCACGUCAAGACACUAGAAGCCAGACCAAUAAUAAGUCCGCACGACUCUGACGUCAUCAAUCAGUACCUGAUCGACACGUGCAGCUCGAAGAAUGAGGUUUACUUCAUGGCAGCGUUGUACAUCAUUCAGGGAGUACUCCUCUUUGGGGGAUGCUUUCUAGCCUACGAGACUCGCAAGGUGAAGGUGGAGGCACUGAAUGAUUCGCAGCUGAUCGGCGUCUGCAUCUACAACGCCGUCGUUCUGUCGUUCAUGGGCGUCGCCAUUACGUUCAUCCUGCCCGACAAUCCACCCGUCAAGUACGGCCUCGUCUCUAGCUUCAUCAUCGGUGGAACUACGUUCACCGCCUUCCUGCUCUUCUUACCUAAGCUGAAGCGAGUGAGGAAUCUCAACGCGCAGAUCGCUGAUUCGCAGACUGAAGCGUCGACGAGUGCGAGUAGGAUCAAUGCGAGCACUAUCUCACAGAAACCGCCCGCCAUGCUAGCCAUAGAGCUGAAGAUCACCAAGGAUCGUCUGAGAGAGUGCGAAGCAAAGAUCGAGGUACAAGAGAGAGUAAUCCGCGAUCUAAGAGCACGCAUUGUUUGAUGCCUAAACACACGGACACGAUUAAUACC